AUGUACGGUAAUCCAAUGCUGGGAAAUGCUGGUAAAAGCGAUGCUCAAAGUGACCAUUUCAGGAUUCGUAAGACUAUCGAUCGCCUGGAUUCACGUUUAAAAGAAUAUUUGACUACCGUGGAUGAAAGUGCACGCAUACCAAGAAAAAGAACCGAAAGCGAAAAGUUGAUCAAGGAGUUGAAGCACGAUAAAAGGCACUUUGAAGAUGUUAUUUAA